AUGGUUGUCUGGCACAUUGAAAAUGCGGGCCACGUCGUGUGUGCCCAAGAUGACGAGCUGUUUAACUUUGCUAGCAACUCAGCCUACGUCCACAUCCAGUCGCCUUCCUUCCGAAUCGCGAUGGGUGAGGGAGGAGAGUGUGCGGUGGGUUCUGUACAAGUCUGCCUCACUAUAAACUACUUCAGGUACAAGUCACUGCUUCUGGACCAAUCUGCGGCAGCGGUAGACGUCGACCUCCGUGACGGUUGCACCCUCAUACCACAACUCCGUUCUUCUUUACUAAGCCAGGAUCCACAGCACUGUUAUGUCACAGGGGACGAUAGCAGACAGAUGAACAGCCAUCAGCCUUGAAGGCAUGAGGAGAGGAAGCAGGCGUUGUGGUCAGAAAUGUGGCCUACGAAGCGUGCUAAGAGUGAUCCAACAAGAUAGAUCAAGGUGGGCAGAAAGGCGUAGAACAACAAUGUAUCAAAGAAGGCAAACUGCUCCAAGAGGUAUAUUCGGAAUGCUCUAUUAAAGAACUGGCACCGCCUCUCCCGUUUGACUGUGAUUCUAGCCGAUACCGUAGUAGUCUGUAACAGUGGGGAUAAGGGUUUGCUUCCCGAGUGUUCAUCCAUCAUCUGACUAGGGCUCACAACUUCUGUGCCCGGAGCGGGGCUUGGAUAUCACUAGUUAUUAACUGUCAACAAUAGUCAUUUCCGUGUGUCUUGUACUUGUCGGCAGUACUUCUCGAAUUGUUAUUCACUGACCGCUCAUGGAGUCUAAGCACUAGGACGUUCCCCUGUUUCGAUCCACUUUGUAGAAGUCUUUACUCGCACCUAUACGGCCGUAUUUCCUAGCCUUAUGGGUCCCAGUUAGUCAAGUCUUCAGCAGUCUGCUGUAGCCCAUCUGUGCACUGCGAAUGCACACUUGUUGCGCGCACUCUGGGAUGAUAGGAAACAGGGAAAGGGAGUGAGGUCUGUUCGCCAGCCUGAACGUUGACAGACGACGGUAGCUGGCCCAUCUCAUGAAAUGUCAAUCGAAAUUCUGAAAUUUGUUUUCGAUUAGGAAGGAUUACUUAGGUGGGGGGUAAGAUCCCAUUUCGUAGACAGACAUUAUGAGUUGAUACUGUCGACAUGCUUAUUUGGAAUCAGUAGGUGCGUUUCCCUUGUCGAGGAAACUUGUCAUCAGUAGGUGGGUUUCUACUGUGUUAGGCACGUCGUCCGUCUCGGUCAGGCUGUUGGACUUAGUGAGGGCUUAGGGUUAGGGUUUGCGUCUUGGGGCUAUGGUUGUAGGGUUAGGUUUAAGGGUUAAGGUCAGGGUUUUGGAUUAAGGUCAGGGUUAGGGUUUGAGGUUAGGGUUGGGAUUUUUGGGUUAGGGUUAUGGCUUUAGGGUUAAAUUCCAUCGUUGCGGUUGGGUUUAGGUUUUUGGGUUAGAGUCAGGGUAAUGGUUUUAGGGUUUAGGGUUAAGGUUAGGGCUAGGUUUUAGGGUUAGGGUUAGGAUUUUUGGAUCAAGGUUAGGGUUAUAUUUUAGGGUUAGGGUCAGGUUUUAGGGUUAGGGUUUGGUUAUGGUUUUACGGUUAGAGUUCUGGUUUUAGUGUUAGGUUAGCUUCCCCAUUCCGGGCUACGAACUGCGGUCUGACCGGUGGGGACCCUACAUUAAAUAAUGUGUAACGUAAUCCCAAGAUAUUUCAGUCGCGCCAGGAUGCCGACUUUUAAAUGGGCUUCUUUCUGGCCGCCUACACGUCGACACCCGGUAAAAAAAUGACUACUCAUAUGGUAUGAAUUUUUAUACAUGGGUUUUCGAUGCGCUGAUAAAUUAAAAUGCAGUCAGUGUGGUGCAAUUUUGCACGGAGGCGGAUGAACCUGACAGCGACGAGCCCUGCACUAAAUCACGGUCUGCGUAAAGUGCACCGACCGCAUUGGCUUCGCAUGCCCACACACGCUUCCAUGACUUGCUACGGUGACUGUAUUUUGCGCGGUAUGUGCAUAUGCCGCGGCAGCUGACUGGUGAACUGAAGUGUAUGAUGAAAGCAUACAUGCACAAACCAGUCAUCGGCGUAACCUUUAAUCCCACAAACCUGGAAAUGGCCCCAGUAGGGGGAGGGGGGACCAAUUAAGAAAGUACUGAACAGUUUGAAGUAGGUCACUUGAGCACCGUGAAAGCACUGUUGCUUUGCGAAGUCGACUGUGACAACAAUCAGAAGGAGAAGGGAAGGCCGCCCUACCAGCCUUGGCAUAGGGUUCCUCAGACUUUUACAGACAACAAAUAGUGGGACGGCGUUCAGCGAAGGUUAACUGAGGAAUAGUGAGGUUCUCGGAUCAGACGAACAGGCAGUAAAACCUCCAUGUGUAUUUGGUCGCCGGCCUGAUUAAUUUGUUACCUAUAAAACCACCAGAACUCAAAACAGCAGGACAAAGCAUCACCCGCCGUUUGGCUGGAUUUGGAAGUGUCCAUCAUGGGAUUGAGGUGCCACGGAAACCAGUCGCUUCACCAAGCCCUCCAGACUAAUGAAACACGGGCGGGGUUUGGUCCUGCAGCCCCACUUGAUUGAUACCACAUAGUCAGCUUUCUGAAACAAUCUUAGUUAGCAUACCUAACUUAGCCACUCGCUGGAUUGGGAAGGGAAAAAGAGCGCAAGCAAAGCUCGAAGCACGCCCAGGGAAGCACGUGAAGGCAGCGUGCAGAAACUAUCCCCCCGACAUAACCACUAGCUGGAUUAAGAGGAUACUUGGGACGCAAUCACAACUGGAAGUCCACGGAGGGAACAGCGUGAUAAUUCGCAGUGCAUGACCACUGUAGUGAUACCGAAGGCGUUCAAAACCGUCGGAACAAUUCUAUUAGCAAGGCUACUUGACCACUCGCUGGAUUAAGAUAAUAAAAAAGGUGCAAGCAGGGCUUGAAGCCCGCGCGGGGGAGCGCGUGUGAACUGAUAACUGAAGUAACCGAGGCUGACGCAUGAACACUCCUUCCACCGUUGCACAGUCACUCGCUGGGUUAAAAUGGUAACGAAGAUGCAAAUACGUCAUAUUUGUCAAGUCAGCUUAUUCACCUCUACAAAACUUUUAAGAGAGCUAACCAUAUGAUAUCACUCAAGUGGGACUGCAGAACAAAACCUUGCCGAAACACGCCUUAACUGGAUUUUUCGACGAUCGGGUGGACUGCCAUCUAUGCGAUCCCGUUAGACUUCCCUAGGGCCAACGCUGUUGGGAGGACCGAUAUCCUGCUUGCCAACCAGAGCAGUGAGGUGCUCGCCUCGUGAUAGCUACCACCAACAAGCAUUCUCUGACCCAACGGAAGCACUGCUUGAGACGUGGGUUUGUGGAUGGAACCUCAAGAUUCUGAAUUCCAUGACGAGUGAAUGAAACCCACAGAACGAACGAAUGCCAAAUCGCCCUGAAAACUGGCGGGAUCUGUGAAACCACCGCCUUCUCUAUUGUUCUUGCAUCAUAUAGGCUCUUCCGAUUAAGAACAUGGACAAGUGCAAUACAACAUUACAUCGAUUGCUUCAGAAGCUACUAAAUGGGAAUAAAUAGACAUUGGACAAUGCCCCACCCGCGAAUAAAAGCUCGCCAGCUGCCACUGGGGGUUUGACGCAUACCUCCCCACGCAAGAUGUAUAAACGGUGGCAAUUGAAAAACUCCGAGGUGUGUCAUUGACCCUUAGGUAACCUCUGAUAUUAGAUUAAAGGAACAUUGCGCACCUACUAUCUCAAUAGAUGUGACGGAAAUGAACUUUUUUUACGUUGGUGUCUGUUCAACCAGUAUGUAAUAUCAAAAGCGACCUGGAGAGAGUCAAGCGGAAACUUGGGGGCAACACGAUGAUGGGGUCAUGUAGAUGCCCUUCGGUGGAGCUAUGUGUGUCCGGGCUGAAGAUCAGCAUUUCCGGACUAAUGUGACCGUGAGAUCUUCAAGACCCGAAGCAUGGUGGGUAGGAAAAUAAUUAUGGUGGCUGCAGAAUCCAGUCGCCACAGCGAAUGACCUAAUCUCACUAAGCUACAUUACUGUGAGUGUUGCUGAGGACGAUGUCUGUCGUGUGAGCACGAUGUGUUGGGCGCAGCACGGUGACUCCUGUGUGAAUUAAUUUGUAGUGAUAGCAGACUUGCGCAGCGGCUACCGCAGCCUCUUCUCCCACGGAGUCAGAACGGCUGAAGGUGGACUCGAGCGCUAUGGCCGAUCAAGUUAAACAGGCCGUCCAGGUGUGUCACACAAAGACCGCGUCCCUCCACAGUGGACCAGAAUUUAUCAUCCAAUACUGUGUAGCUCAUGUCCGUCUACGUAGAAUUACCGAACAGGCCUGAUUAGGAAGGAGCAAUUGCAGCCUUACUCUCAGUCCUCCAGUCAUCCACUCAAAACCCACGCAUUUACACAGGACUAAUUACGAGGACGGAGUUAUCCGGUCAGUUGGCUACCUCCCAAGCCAGGUCUUUUAACGCGUCGUGGUGAACCCAAGCGCCUUAAAUUACUGAUACUGAGGAGUGCCUUCAUAUGCUAUGGGGAGGCGUCCCCUAAUGUCGACGUCACCCAUUUCCCUCGAUCUAUGCACCAGUCGAUCGACCAAACCUGUCUCCAUUCGGGGCUGGGAUUGGACAAAUCGUCUGGCCUGACCUGAAAGCCUGCAUCUAAGCUUUCCACGCGCCUCUGUGAAAACGUCGUGCAUCCCAGUCCUCAUGGCGCAUGUCCUCUUCGCCUUACACUAUGCACUUUUAUAACCACCAAAAUUGUGAUCUAUGUGUGUUGCCCCAAUGUACAUUUUAAUUAAAGCAUUUAGGUAGACGGAUUAAGAUUCAGUUUCGUUAACACCUAAGCUCAAGAGAAUGAUUUAAUCAAUUCACCGUCGGUGAUGUUAUCAAAUAUUGCCCCAAGGUCUUAAGGGCAAGGACACAAAUGCCGAUGCAAGAACAGCGUCUCGAAAGCCCACAUUCCUUCGAUUUGGAUGGCUGUAAUCGCCCCGUACCCUAAACUGACUGGGCGGGUAUUUAAACGUGAACAAGUCACUAGCUCAGAAGUAAUCUAUCCAUGCUCCACACUAUAAGCAAGUGAUUAUUCUGGCACGGUUGUUCUCUGUACCAUUGCUGAUGAAUUUUCGGUUUGGUCCUGCGGCCCCUCCUGAGUGAUACCAUACGGUAAGCUUUAUAAGGAAUUCGAGUAGAUGCGAGUACGCUGACGUUACAAAUAUCACCUAUUUGCAUUUUCCUUACCAUUUUAACCCAGCGAGUGACUGUGCAACGGUAGGAGAAGUGUUUAUGUGCCAGCUUCGGUUACUUCAGUUAUCAGUUAACACGCGCUCCCCCGCGCGUGCUUCAGGCCAGCGAGUGGUCAAGUAGCCUUGCUAAUGGAAUUGUUGGGACGGUGUCGAACUCCUUCGGUAUCACUACGGUGGUCAUGCACUGCGAAUUACCACGCGGUUCCCUCCGUGGCCUUCCAGUUGUGAUCGCACACCCCAUAUCCUCUUAAUCCAGCGAGUGACUGUGUCGGGGAGAUAGUAUUCACACGCCACCUUCAAUCGCUUUCCCACGCGUUCAUCAAGCUCUGCUCGCGCUCUCUUUCCCUUCCCAAUUCAUCUAGUGGCUAAGUUAGGUAUGUUAACUAAGAUUAUUUUAGUAAGCUAAUCAUAUGAUAUCAAUCAAGUGGCGCUGCAGGGCCAAACCCCGCGAAUUUUCUCCUCCUCUGAAGUAACUGCCCUCUAAAAGUGGCCUUCGAUACCUUGAAACGGAGCCAUUAGGCGUUUGUUUACUGAAGACUGUCUAUUGGCUGCUUGUAAAGAUUAUGCAGUCAAUGCGUUCAGGCUGUUGUCUUCUAGUUCAAGCAUUCAUAUCACCCUUCAGACCAAGCAUAAAAAGGUUCACCAAGUUUGUGCAUUCAUUUAUGCGGAAAUUAGAUCUGCUAAUAGACGCGAAGAGGCCAGUCCCAGGAAGCUAUCAGGAAGAGGGCCCCAUUCGUUCGCCGUCUCGGGUCCCCAACCGAAUCUAUCAUCAGAGGCGGAUCCAGGCUGGAACAAUGAGUGACCCAGGUGUCCCAGUGUUUGCAGGAUACAGCUGUUGUGCUACCGCAUACUUAUCAAAAUGAGCGACUUUGGCACUUAUCACAUGGAAUUGCCCGGAGUCAUUAACUGGUCAAAUUUCAUCACUUAUGUGCGUUCUUGGGCCAGUUGAGAGCGGUAUUCCCCCGGCGCUCUCCAUGCGACCAGACAAAGUCCAGCAAGGGUAUGGUUUGUGGCCGGGAUUACUUCCUCCGGGAAGUGGUUGUGCUGAUCAAAAGAGCCGAACAUCUAAGAACUUUGUGGUAUGGUUGACUCCGGUCUCUGUGAGAAGGCGGCUGACGGCUUAUGUGACGUUUUCCACUUACGUAGGCUCUCAACCAAAUUUGGGGACGGUCGGAUUUGGUCUCUCCCCUUGGUUGGCGAGGUUGCGCAGGUAGCUCUUUGUUGUGGGCUCUGGUCGAAGGUAUUCCAAUUUAGCAAUCUUGUCUUCCAGAUUUACUGCAGUGGGUCUUAACAUGCCGCAAUAGCGUCCUCAUGCCGAAAGCGCAUGUUAAACGCUAAAGGAGCCGGUAGUGCGUCGAAACCCCCUUAGCUACGUCAUGCCGCGUCAUAAAACCCGCGAAACAGGUGCCUGGGCUUUUAGCUACUACCUGUGUUAUCAUUAUAACGAAUCACCUGGUGUUUGAAAGUGAAACAAAGCUACAGAAAGAAUUUUCACCUUCAUUUAUUCCCAGUUAUGCUGAGUUGUCUGCUCUUAUGGUCGCCAAACAACCUGCGAAUGAUCCAGCUUAGUCAUCGACGUGCACGAGACUUACCAGUGUUUCUAUAAAAUUGUUUACAGAAUGCGCGGAAGAUGGCUUACUUUCCUCGUGCAGUCAUCACGCAUACUGGGGUGACGGAAAGCCAACACGUUCACUAGUUUAGGGACGACAAACACCUCGUGAGUUAUACCAAUCAGAUUGUGCGCUCAAAACAAUCGGUCGACAGAUCAAAUACAGGAGCAAAUGCUUGAAGAGGAAUUCGAAAAGCACAAACUAGCACAAGACCAAUUAUUGGGCGUUGACACGUCUUCGACACUCUAAUGUUCCCAAGUUGACAACUAACUCGAUGUUUUGCAGAGGUAGUAGUAUAAAAAAGGACUUUCAAUUAUGUUUCGCCUAAAAAAACACUAGUUUCGUCAGUUGGUCGCGUAACUUGCUGCAGCAUCACUCUAUCCGCAGGUUACGGGACUGCACCCUCACUUUAAGGCAUCUGACGGCCCGCCCAACGGCAUUCCUGGUGUAGAUUUCUUUGUAACUGGUUCCAUUUUUGGGUUUUUCGGGAGGCACUCGAGGCAUGCUACAGAAAACGCCGCAAUUUUGUUCAAGGCCGUCACGAGUGUUGUUCCUGCAGAUAUCGUCUACCCAACUGUUCUGCUAUUGGCUAGAUGCCCUUAACUAGUUUUGAAUUACGGUAAGGUCAGAUCAGAUUUAUUAAGGGGUAAGUAGGCGAGCGCCUUUAAACUCCCUUUUUGUUACAAUAACGUCAGAAAAAACAAUGUGUAGUGCAAGUGUCAAAGAAAAUUAGGUAAUUAAUUACAUACAACAAGCAUUGGUUACUGGUAUAACUUUGUCCGUGAAUGUCUUCUUUGUCAAAAUUGUACAAUAACCAGUGCGCGGUACUGAAUGGACCAAGUUAAAUGGAAGCAAACGUAUAUGCCUCGGUCACGUGUUAACGAAAAGUCCUAAAAGAAUACUACUUAAAUAUAGGAAGUAGCCUGUUUCGUAAUGGCAAAACUUUGGGGUGGGUGGUACAGGAGGAAAUUUGUUAGUUUCUGAUGCCGUGGAGGUACAUAUCCCUGUGCUGGUCAAGCUUCCUCUUAAAUAUGUCCACGGAUGAUGGCAUGACCACGUCCACGGGUAGGGCAUUCCAUGCCGUUAACGCUCUGUGUCUGAAAAAGGCCCAAGUCAGUGACCGGUCUCUUGAAAUGUUGGUCAAAAUUCUGAAAUGUGUUUCAAAUUGGACGGAUUGCUUUGGUGAGAUUGUGAGAUUGAUCAUCAUUCAGUAGAAUCCCAUAAUAUUUUAAGUUCAACGGAAUGUCGGCUUUUGAAUUCACCUUUUCUUGUCCGUCUGUAAGUAGCACUCUUUUUAAAAAAAUGACUACUUAAGUGCUGUUAACUUUUUCCUUUGAUUUUCGGCGCCCUACAAAUUUAAAUAUAUUUUAUUAAAAAACGUGUAAAAAUAUUCCUCCCUGUAUUAAUUUGUUAGCAACUCAAGCUUUUUUUAAAUUUCAUACUCCAGGAAAGAUUGCCUUUCGGUUUGAAAGGGUUUUUUUAAAUUCUCGAAUACUUUUGAGUCAAAUCUGCCGUUGUAUUUGUAUCUAGCGUUUUUAGCCUAAAAGGCGCAAAAAAAUCGUACAUUCUUUUAUACCUGAAAGAAAGAACCAUGUAGGUAGAGUUCGCAAAAUUUUCCCCUGGGUGCGGGCUAUGCUGCUCACUUCAUGUUGGGUCAUUAAUAAGUGGUCAGCCAGUAUGCUAUAUGAUUCCGUAGUGCACAAAGCAUCUGGGUCAAACUCGAAGGCUACAGUUCUUAGGUGUGCCUUCUUAUGGAUCUCAUUGAGGGGAAAUCUAUUGAGCGUAUUCCUGAGAUUCAGGUUACGCUCACCGCUAUUUAUAAAAUGUGGAUGAGUUGCUGGUGGAAAAUUAAGACGUAGGGAGGAAGUAAAGGAUGUAAAGCAAAGUUGUUGUGAUCUGAAAUUUGUAUGCAUGAUACCAUUAACUAAAGAGGCAACGUUGUAUGGAAACAUGUUGGGGUCAUUUGACCAGAAGUUACUACAACUCUACCUGAAUGAAUACCUCAUUCAACGCAUAAAAUUCGUAACAAGACUGAGGGAAGAACAGCGAUCUAACUGUUUGGAUCUCGUUUUCAGUAAAUAAGAAAGAGUCAUAAGAAAAAUGAAUCAACAACCUCCAUUCGGUUUAAGCGAUCAUACUGCUUUUACCUGCGUGCCGAACCAACAACCAAGAAUCAGGGGACGCAGAAAUAGUUGGAAGUGUGACUCUAACGCAAUGAGACGUAGUCCUUUGAAGGAAACCUGGUUAGUCAAAAUGGACGAUUCAAAAGAAUUUUGGUAGUACUUCUGCGGGAUUAUAGAGCGUCUAACUGACUCACAUUGUCCAAUAAAAAUAACAAGACUAUGUUCGCGACCGCCGUGGGUCAAUGCGACGACAAAAAAGACCAUGAAGAAGAAACUGAGAAUGUGAAAAAAGUAUUUACAAUUUCGAGAAAUAAGGUCAUUCGCCGAAUAUAAGGAUCAACGCAAUGAAUGCCGCAAACAAAUACGGAUUGCUAGAACUUCUUUCGAGCGCCCACAGCUAGCAGAAUCCAUUACAUGUCCCAAGAAGUUUUACGGUACAUCCGCAGUAGGAGAAAACAUAGGGACGAAAUUCCGUGUCUAAAGGAUAGCCUCGGUAACCUAUUAGUUGAAGGACCACAGAAGGGGCAAUUACUGUCUCAGUUUUUUCAAUCGGUUUUUACGGAUGCGUUCUCAGAAGACAAUCAGCAGUUUGAAAUGGGCCGAGACAGCCGGGAACUUUGAAUGCACCAGGAUACUGCCAUCAUCGAAACCGUUGCCUUUUCCGUCGAAGAAGUAAGACGCGCCCUCAGUCAAAUAAAACACGAUAAGUCUCCUGGACCCGACGGAAUUCCUGGGCUUAUACUUAAGGAGCUAUCAACGGAGCUGUCAAAGCCUCUUCCGACUCUCUUUGAGCUGUCAAUGAGAACAGGAAGGCUGCCAUCACAGUGGAAGACAGUUAACCUCGUUCCCUUACAUAAGGUAGGUAGCAGGAUGGCAACCAGCAGCUUCAGACUUAUUGGCUUAACUUGACUCCCAUGCAAAACGGUGAAAGCUCUAGUAAAGAGUGCUAAACAGCACUUUUCUGAAGAAAAUAACAUCUUGCGGGAUUUUUAGCAUGGCUUCCUGAGAGGACGUUCCUGCCUCUCAAAUCCGCUAGCUUGCCUGGAGAUCUGGACCAGGGAUCUAGAAGAGGGUUUUGAGGUCGAUGUCGUAUGCAUUGAUUUCUGCAAAGCUUUCGAUACUGUUCCGCACCAACGCCUUCCGGCAUCCGGGGAGAUCUUCUGAACUGGAUAAGGGCGUUACUGGUUGGUCAGGCAAUACCGUGUCCGUAUAGGAAAUGAUACGUCAGAAUGGGUGAACGUGACUAGUGUUGGGCUUCAAGGCUCAGGUCUGGGACCAUUGCUCUUCAUCCUUUACGUUAAUGACAGCCUUGAGGAACUCGACUGCCCACUGUCAUAAUAAAAAUUGAAGUUUGCAGUUUGGUAGUUUUCGGGGGCAUGAAUAAUAUGUCCUUCAUGGCAAUUGAAGAACUUUGAUAUCGGCCUGACCUUGAAAUUAUUUUCCUGUUGGGUAUAUUUCGGUGUGCUCUAGUUGCUGGUUGUCAGUCUAUCUGGCCAGCUUUAAGGGGGCGGUCGCACAGUUCCUACGUGUUUUUCAGGAGGCUAACCAUCGUUGUCUGGACUAAGAGCUGGAAAAGAUGAAUAUAUAUCAGGAGUAAGAAGCAUUCAAUGGUAAGUCACAAUCAAAACUGUCAAAAUACUAUUGAAUCGUGUAUCAUAUUGUUCUUGUUAAUGUGAAAUUAUAGGAGUAGUGGUCGACUGUUUACUAUGACCUAAUAUAGUUCUAUAUAUGUUUAAUAUGGCUUUAAUAUAGACAUACGCACGACUAAUAUGCAGGGUUUUAUCGAAGGGUAUAUUUUUAUUAGCUUUAUAAGGGAUAUUUAGUGUCAGGUGACAUAGCUGAUGAAAACGAGAAAAUGAGGAAAAAAAAGAAUAUCAUUAUCUGUUCUAUGUUUAUCAAUGAUGCUAUCUUUUAUAAAUUUGAUUAUUUUUAGUGCUAUGUUCCGGUACUUUUCAAUCGGCUGGCAUCAUCAGAGCCCUUUUGGACCAAAUUCAGUAUCAAAGAAUUGACUUGAAAAUGUCCUAUCUUAUUCAAAAAUAAAUGUGUAUUGUUAUUUGAAAGGAAUUUCUUAGUUUUUAUUUUAAAUUCGAUUAGGGUUCGACUUUUCCGGAUAGAACUUGGAAGAGAAUUCCAGAUAGUCGCAUAUCUUAUGGUGUAGAAAUUUGACCGUUGGGACUUUGUGAAUUUGGGAAUCCUUAUAAUAUCCUCGCUAGUUCUGGUAUUUCUAGGGGCGUUUUGGUUGGUAAGUAAAUUCAUUUUGAGAAUAUCUGGGUCGUGGGUGACCUUGAAUAGGAAGUCUAGACCAUUUUGAAGUCUUCUGAUCCAGAGUGGUCGAAGACCGUAUUUAUGAUAUAGUUCUAAGUAUGAACCCUGGAUGCCAUCACUUCUCGACAAAGAUCUAGUAAAACGUCUCUGAAUGCCUUCUAGUUUCUUUCGGCCGUCUGAGGGCAUUAUGCCGAAGAAAAUUGAACAGUAAUCUAGGAGAGGUAAAACAUACAUUUUGAACAGUCGUAUUUUUAGUGCAUUUAAGGUGAAAUUUUUACAUAUGAAUCCACACAGGCGAGUGGCUUUCGGUGAUAUUUGUUGGACGUGGGGAGAUAAAUCAAGGGUAUUUGUAUAGCUGAGACCUAAAUCUUUUACCGAUUGGGCCUCUGUUAUUUCAUUAUCCUCGAAAAUUAUGGGGGAAGUUUUUCUGGGCCAAAUAUCAGGAGAUGGCAUUUUUCGGGUGAAAAGGGCAUCUGCCACUGACUACUCCAUUCGCUGAGUUUUGUGAGAUCAGUUUCAAUUGUUAUAUGAAUAUUGGCUACUGUAUUCCCGUUAUAUGCAUGAAGGAAGGAAGGAAGGAUGCAGAUACAGACUUUUUCCGAGAUCCAGGUGAUCCAGGGUGUUCCUGAGGCUGUUAGCGAAACCCCUAGAGAAAGUGUCAAUCAAGACCUUUUACAUCCCAAAUUUUAUUAAAUGACACUCAAGAACCCGAUGGGGUGGUUUAAAUCCCACAAGACCAAGUUGGUGCUUCUAAGCAGAUACAACUCAGAGGGAAUGCUACCAAGACCAUUAAAAUUCGUCUUAGCAAGUGGGCAGCAGGCAGAUCUAAUCUUGUUUCGAAAAUUCAGACUACGAAAUAACCCUCAAGGAGUGUUCUUCCCAUCGAUCGAAUGAAAAGGAGGACACUAGUGGCAGGACCGAAAAAUUUUCAGAACGAGGGAGAAAAAAUCUAAAGAUUGUAGGCAAUAAACUCAAUGAAACAGGACGCAAGUUUCCAUAGAAUCAUCUGGCGAAAUCGAGGGUCACCACGCCAGGACCAGUUCCAUCGAACAUUUGUGAACCGGAUAUGUCAUAUGAAAAAUAAAGCAAUAGUUGCAGAGCACAAGAAUCAAAGAAAAUAUACAUAGUCCGAAAGAACCAAAAAAUGUGAAAAUGACUAACACCAUUGUACAGGGUCUUUAUGACAAAGUAAAUGAAAUUACACUGACCGGGCCCAUUUGCAACCUGACUUUGUAGCCUACUUGAAACAUGGUUAAAUGAGUAGAUAGUAGACGCAAAAGUCAUGCUGCGCGGAUUUCAGUUUGGCCGCAUGGACCGAAAUGGAAGCGGAGGUGGGAGAAUCGCGACGUUCAUACGGCAUGGUAUUGACUGCGUCACCGACGGGUACUCCCUAAGAGGGAACACUAGUUUCAACAUUUUUGGUUGUGAAUUGAAAAGACAAAACCAACCGGACCUCCAUACUGCCCUGGUAAACAGACCCACAGGAUAGCGGAAGGGUACGAAUGAUGCAAUCAUCACUGUGGUUACGCAAAUCUGCCAUAGCUAAGGCGUAACACUAUUUGGAGAUCUUAACUAUCCGGAUAUCGACUUGGUGUCGAUGAACUGCAUGUGGUCGGAAAAUCAUUGGAACAGAAGCUACUUCGGUGAUCCACUAACGAACUUCUUGCACAACAAGUUACGAUGGACACCCGAUUCCUAAGUGGACAGCAGUUUGAAUCUUAUCAUUAUUAGAGAUGAAAAUUGUAUCCUCUGGUUGAAUUCUAACGCGACCCUGGGCCUAUGUUGCUAUUCCGUUCUUGCAUGGGAGUACACUCAUUUCUCAACAACAACCAGGGCAUCCGGAAGAGAAGCAGGAGCGGAGAAAGACGGCGAUGAUGAUGAUGAUGAUGAUGAUGAUGAUGAUGAUGAUGAUGAUGAUGAUGAUGAUGAUGAUGAUGAUGAUGAUGAUGAUGAUGAUGAUGAUGAUGAUGAUGAUGAUGAUGAUGAUGAUGAUGAUGAUGAUGAUGAUGAUGAUGAUGAUGAUGAUGAAAAGGAAGAAGAACAAAAAGAAGGCGAGGUGAUAACUGAAACACGAACUUCAUUGGCCUGA